UUAAGAUCCUAGGAAUCGCCGCCAGGUAAGGAUUCUCGUCACUAGAAGCAGACACGUAAACCUGCUCUCCAAAACACGUGUCCUCGUUAGCCCAUACUUGCAGUCGACAAGUGAAAGGAAAGAUGAGCCACAACUUGGAAACGAGGUCAUUUGUUGAUGAAAUCCGUCACUUUGAUAAAAGUAGCUUCUUCGACUUUGGUCACCCUCUCCUAAACCGUAUUGCCGAGAGUUUUGUCAAGGCCGCUGGGAUUGGAGCAAUUCAAGCGGUGUCUAGGGAGGCUUAUUUCACAGCCAUUGAAGGUGCUGGAUUGGAGUCAAGUGGUGGUUUGCCAGCGGAGAUUUCUGUUGAUGGCAAGAAGCGCCAUCGUUUCCCUGACCUCGGAGGUGAAACCAACAGAAAAUCCCUUGAAGCCUUGGUGAGGAACACUGGAAAGGAAUCCUUACAAUGGGGACUCGCAGCAGGAGUGUAUUCCGGCCUCACUUAUGGACUCAGGGAGUCUCGUGGAGUUCAUGAUUGGAAAAACAGUGCAGUGGCUGGAGCAAUAACAGGUGUGGCACUGGCACUGACAGCAGACGACAGAUCCCAUGAGCAGAUUGUGCAAUGUGCCAUCACUGGAGCUGCGAUCUCCACUGCUGCAAAUCUUCUUUCAGGGAUAUUCUGAGAAGGAAAUUGUGAGAGACUGGUGGCGUCUCAUAUCAAACCCUGGCUGCCAUUUUCCAAUUUAGCACACUACUUGACUUGUUGCUGGUGUCUUAAGAAUGUUCUUACUAGGAUAUCUUUUUGAACUGGAUGUUUUAUCAUAAUCUGUGAUCCUUUAAUGGAGGUUUUGGCCUGCCCUUUUAUGGAUUCCUUCAUUUUGGGGUGGGCAGUACUGAACGGAUGUUUUUUCCUUUU